AUGGAUGUUAAAUCGGCGAUGAAGUCGGUGUCGGCGUCGCCGCCGACGUGGUCGCCGCCGAAGCCGAAGCCGAAGCCGAAGCCGAAGCCGAAGCCGAAGCCGAAGCCGAAGCCGAAGCCGCCGUCGCCGUCGCCGCCGUCGCCGUCGCCGCCGCCACCGCCGAAGCCGACGACGGCGAUCGAGCCGAUCAUCGAUCCGAAGUGCGACGAAUGGACGGCAAAGCUCGCGGCCGCGGCGUCGGCUCCAGAGUUUGAGUAUGAUUUUCCCGCGUACACGUGCUCGAACGAGCACGAGGCGCCGUGCAUUCAGGAUUUUCAAUUCAUGAAGCUGCAGCCGGACGCGUGCGAUGUGUUGAAGAGGGACGAGGACUGGCCGGGGAGGUUCAUGCAGCGAGCGCCGGGCGUCAAAAAUGGAGGCGAUCUCGUGCGCGCGCUGGGCGCUGAUAAUACGAUCGUUGUCAUCGGGGCUUCGAUGACCAAACAAAUAGAAAUCGCUAUGGACUGCAGCAUUCGGCGCGCGGGCGUCGACAAGUCUCAAUCUGCGAAAAUCAUGAAGCGAUGGGGGUGGGCGAGAUGGUCGUUCGAUAGUCAAACGUGUGAACUGGAUCACAUGGUGGCGGCUCGGACGGGGGGUGACAUUAACUAUUGGUUCUCGGCGAAGGAGUACGUCGACGGAUGUUGGAAGGAUACGAAGGCGUUCGACAUCAAUGUGCUCGGUUGCGAAGGCGCCAUUGACGACUGUGACGCGUCCUCACGCGUCGUCGUACUGAUGUACAACAUCGAGCAUUACGGGGGACUCGGUAACGUGGAAUUUUUCGAAAAAGAGACCGAGUUUCUCGUGAAGCGAGCCGUAUCGUUGGGCGCCAAGGUGGUUCUCGCCACGAGCCCGCCUAAGCACUUCAGCGCCGAUGGCGCGUAUAGUAAAGAGGCAUACAUAACGAAAAUCAAGAGUGAAACAGUGUGCACGUGUACACCAACGGUCGAGUCGAUAGACAAAAACCCGGCGUGGCGCGGCUAUUUCGAAGCCAUCGAACGUCUGUCGCGAAUACCGGGCGUUCUCGGCGUCAUCGAUAUUUUACGGUCGUCCAUGAAAGAAUUCUACCGUAGUCACAAAGGCGGUCACUGCGGGUAUUAUGUGGACGAAGUUCCGGGCGAGAAUUCGCAAAAGCCCAAGCGCGAGGUGAAGUAUAAAGCGUGCUGCGAUUGCACGCACUACUGCUUCGAUCCAGCGCUCUGGGACCAAUACUUCCUCGAUCCUCUCGUCGACAUUUUAGACCGCGGGACAUCGCCCGCGAGUUAG